GGCCUUAGGAUCCAGGAUGGGUUAAGCUGACGCUGAUCACUGAUCAGCGGCUGAUAUACAUGGCCAGGGUGAGCAGUGCGCAGUUAGAACAGGCAAGUGCAUAUGAAUUUGUAUCAAACAAAUUUUUAUCCUGCCCCUAAUGUCUGAUCCAUGUUGGAACGGGGGUCAAAUAUCGUACUGGCAUUUUUACAUGCGGUCCAAAGGGGACGGGAGGCUCAUAAAGCUCUACCCAAAUCUGGCAUAUCUAGAUCACACUCCCAACAGCGCAGAGCUUUUCACGAGGAGCUCCAUCGUACUCUAUGUUGCAAUGAGCCUCGCAAUGGCGACAGUCAUUGCCAACAUCGCGCACGAUGUGUACCAUCAUUUGUGGAGAGAUGCGGAUCGCACGAGAGUUCUCAUGUCUUCGUUGAGAGGACUGGGAUGGGUUGAGCGGGGAAUUUUUUUGUUCGUUAGGCGGAGGUUUGACUGGUUCACUGGAAGGGCGGGAGACGGUCCGACGAACGAAGAAAGAAUGAACGGACGACAGAGAAUGGUGUUGGUGGCUCUCUCAUCACUAGUGUGUUGUGUUUCAAGUUUUGCUGGUACGCCGUUGGAGACAUGGUAUAAUUCGUGCUUGAUUUUUUCUUACAUUUUCUCCGAGUGCGUGUUUGCGAAAUGUUCGUUGGUGUACAAUAUAUUCGUGCAACAGAUGAAAUGCACUCACCCAUCUUGAAAGGUGCAUCAACUUUGGAUUAGUUUAUCUGUAGCCAUUGUCCGGUACUUCUGCUCAAUUAGGUUAUGAUAUAGGUCUUUAUCUUUAUUGAAGUCCAGAACGUGGCAGGCUUGGUGCUAUACUAGCGCUCAUUUCCGCAAUCUCAGUGACAAACUUGAUCCAAGACUAG